UAACGUUAUCGAGUUAAGGUCUAUGACGACUGAUUGAGCAUUUAACAGACAAAAAGGCGAAGAGUUGUUCUCAAAUUUCUCUGAAUUCUGUCAAAUUGUGUUUCCAUUUUGUACCAUUUUCGCAAGAACAACAGGUGCGCGUAAAGUGGUUGAUAAUUAAACUGCAAUUAGCGAGUACCACAAAACGCACCGCUCUCCUUUGGGACUGGUGAGGAUCGGAGCUUAGUUUCUGCGUAUAAGGUCUCAAUUACAGGAUUUAUCGCCGACAUUUUGAUAUUGCGAUAAAUGACAAUGGGUAUAAAAUAAUAGAGGGAUCGCUUCUUCCUCAGUAGUGGAUGAUCUGUGAAAGCUAUCGGAAAAAGACGAAACUCAGGAUUCCAUCCAGGAACGCUAGAUCAAGAUGAAACUCAGCAGUACAAUGUGGUGUGAAGUGGUGUCGAUCGUCAUCGUCAUGCUGACCAUUCUCAGUGCCUCUUUAGCUGCCCCACUAGACACAUUCUAUCCUACAGACGAUUCAGACAUAAUAAAUCCUCAGAAACUAGAACUGCUCAAAGACUUACGUGAAGUGUUAGCAAUCGAAGAGAGAAACAAGGAACAGCAGUACGCAAAGCGUUUUGACAACAGCGAAGAGCAGACAGGUCUUGCGAGAGUUAUGCCCCAGAAACGAUUCCGACCCUUCAGAACGCAAACACGCGGAGGUAGCGGAGUUGCUCUUUGUCUGUGGAAAGUGUGUCCAGCUGCUCCCUGGUUAGUCUCCAAGCGCUGAUGACCGCCGGGUACCAGUAACAAUUAAAGAUACGGAGAAACAACCGUGAUGGAUAUUUUUUUCAAUAUCUUUAUAUGGAUACGAUUGACAUUGCCAACAGUUUGAAAAAUAAGAUACGAAUAUAUUUAUUGUCCAAUCUCAUUGUUCUUAUACAUUUUAAGCCCCGUUGUUGGGGUUAACCUUUCGAAAACAUUCCUGGCUAAAUUGCAUAAAUGAAGUCAUUAAUAGAACGUUACCAUAAUUAUUGAAUAAAUAAAUAACACAACACAUUCUUUCCAACUCGUGUUACAACUUUUUAAACGCAACACAUUUUUGUGAAAUGUGUUUUGUGUAGAAAUGUUUUGUUUUUUCUCUCAGUUAUUUAUGCCUGGAACUGGACGUUUUGGGAUGUAAUAGUGUUACUUUGGUUAAAAAUACAAACUUUUAACAUCACUUCGAUUUGAUAAUGAAUAAAUUGUUAAUCUUUCUUAAAUAGUGAAACUCCUGUAAUUGUGAUAUAAAAAAAAUGGAAAAAGAAAUAAAAGAAGUCCUUGUA